AACGCAACAUUCUAUCUUUGGUACAUUCAAGUGAUCACCCCGUGAUCGCCCACUCAUCACAGGGUGUGGCAUGCAAGCGGCAUCGAACGUCACCACACAUUAGAUACGUCAGACCCGAAGACGGUCCUACAUGACCUGCAGGGCGCAUACGAGCUCGUACGCCAUGCAGAGGAACAUUGGAGAAAUGUUAUGUUAAGUAUGGAUUCCCUUGGCAAGAUGCGUUUUGGCUAUCGUUGGUCGCUGCUCGACAGUCGCAUUACUAUACCGCGCCCAAAAGCACUGCUUCGAGAUUUUAUUCUUAGUCUUGUAUUGCCAUAUAUCUUACCAGCUCCGAGACUCUGCAUCCAUCGCUUGUCAAGGGUUUGUAGGUCUGGAGGAUGUCAAAGCCUCAAACUACGGUGUGCUUCCCUUGUCUUGACCUCGUUACCAUGAUCAAAUAUCUUAAGGGCGAAAGCGCCAAU